AUGUUGGACUUUUUUGUCAUACUGACAAAAGGUGGAAUCCGGCUAUGGUGCUACCCGGCCACGGUGGAAAUUUUCCGCAUUUCGAUCAACACAUUUUUGAAAUCAUUAAUCUUGAAAGCGGCUUAUCAGAAUGUGUUACAGUUGAAUUAUGUGGAUAAAUUUCUAACGGCUAUCGCUCUCGAAUUCAGAGAUAAGUAUAAAAACGAACUUGUAACGACAGCAAUUCUGUGUAACUUUGACGAAUUUCAACCGAUCUACUUGGAAACAUUGAAGCGUAUUGAACUGGAACAUCGGACACUUCGGAAUAUGGCCAAACCUAUGCGUACUUUUGAACAAUCAGACAAAGCGAAUAAAACCGUCGCAUCCAUGAUUGUUUCACGAAACAAGAAACCGGUCGAGCGCACCGAUCGAAAACCACAAGCAAAUAAGACUUCUGUCAACAGUUCACCAACACCAACACCAGCAGCACCUGAACCGGUGAUGAUCAAACCGGUCAAUGGAUCCAUUGAAGAAGAUGUGUAUGCACAGAACAGAAAAAAACUGUUAGAAAAAAUGAAAUCAAAGAAACAGAAAGAGACUGCAAGUCCCACAGCAUCGCCGGUACAAAAACCUAAUGGAAAACGAGUGAAAGAGCUUCGUAAAUGGGACAACGCAGCAACCGGUGAAGAGGCUGCCGCACUCGACUUCAGUUCCCCGCCAAACAAUGCCACGAACGCUGUCGGCGCUGGUGAUCAGAAGGGCUACACAAUCUCCACUGCCGAGGCUACCAGUCUGUCACGUCUUCGUGGUACAAUGAAAGAUGAACUGGAAGAAGUGCAGGUGUCUGACGAGGAGUUUAUUCCCGAGGACGAAAUCGAUGCUUCCAAAGUUGCUAACACGAACCAGGUUGAUGCUGUUGAACAGAAAGCAAAAGCUGGAUCCAGUGGUGGUUUGGUGUCCAAUCUGCUUCGUGGUUUACGCCUCCCCGGAGGCACUAGUCGUGUGCUCACAUUGGAAGAUAUCUCACCCAGUCUGGAACAGCUGCGCGAUCGACUCGUGGCAAAAAAUGUGGCUAUGGAAAUUGCUCAACGCGUUUGUGACAGUGUGGCCGAUCGCCUGAUUGGAACUCCACUGGGCGCAUUUGAACGUGUCUAUACUCGAGUUCGAAGCAGUUUGGAAGAGGUCUGUGCUCGAGUUCUAGCCUCCGGACGACGUGUGGAUGUGUUACGCGAUGCGAUGGAUGCUCGCUCUCAGGGUCGACCAUAUACCAUUGUGUUUUGUGGAGUCAAUGGUGUGGGUAAAUCAACCAAUCUGGCCAAAGUGAGCGGGAAUAGCCGUAUAGUGUUUUCCUCCACAGACUAUUAUUCCGUUGCU